GCAAAUUAUUGUAUAAAUUUUUUUAUUUUCAAUUUCAGAAAACAAAAACAUUAUUAAAUUUUUAAAUUUUCAUUCCUUUCCUUCCCGGUCCCCAUCCUUCUUCCCUUCCACUCUUUCUCCCCAUCCAGAAAAAACUAAUGUCAAUGUGAUAAUGGGCAAUUUCGUAACUUCAAUAGAAAAACGACAACGAUCGUAAACCGAAAAAAAAAAAAAAAAAAAAUCCCUCAAAACCAAAUGAUUUAACAUGCAAGAAAAAAUAAAAAAAUAAAAGAAGGGAAAAUGAUAUAACAUGCGACAACUGCUAAACGACCAAACAGACUUUACCCAUAUUGGUGUUGCGUUUGAAGAACGUACAGAUAACUGUAAAUACAGCACCACUUUCUCUCUCUUCUUUGAAAAAUUCAGAACCCCACCGUCACCUGUGAUUUGGCAAAUCACAGGUUUGUCUAUAACCCCAAAUGGGAACCUUUGAAACCUUUCGAAAAGCUUAUGGAGCGCUCAAGGACUCAGCCAAGGUCGGCCUCGCCAAUUUCAACAGCGAAUUCAAGGAUUUGGACAUUGCUAUUGUUAAGGCCACCAAUCAUGUUGAAUGUCCUCCAAAGGAACGCCAUGUUAGAAAAAUCUUUUUUGCAACAUCGAUAGUACGUCCACGAGCAGAUGUGGCCUAUUGCAUUCAUGCACUUGCCAGGAGAUUGGCGAAGACCCGCAACUGGAUUGUUGCCAUAAAGACAUUGAUAGUUAUUCAUAGGGCAUUAAGAGAGGGUGAUCCUACCUUCAGAGAGGAGCUAAUAAAUUACUCAUACAGAGGAAAUAUUCUCCAAAUGUCCAAUUUCAAGGAUGACUCAAGCCCUCUUGCCUGGGAUUGCUCUGCAUGGGUCCGGACUUAUGCACUCUUCCUAGAGGAGCGGCUUGAGUGUUUUAGGGUCUUGAAAUAUGACAUUGAGACAGAUCGUUUGUCUAAAACAUCAGUUAGAGCAACCAAGGUUCACAAUAGAACACGGUAUUUGAAUGGUGAAGGGCUAUUGGAGCAGCUACCUGCCUUGCAGAAACUUCUAUGCCGCCUAACUGGCUGUCAGCCUGAAGGAGCAGCUUAUUUCAACUAUCUUAUACAGUAUGCUUUGGCUCUGGUACUAAAAGAGAGCUUCAAAAUAUAUUGUGCAAUCAAUGAUGGGAUUAUCAAUCUUGUGGACAUGUUCUUUGAAAUGUCCAAACCUGAUGCAGUCAAAGCUCUCGAUAUCUACAAAAAAGCUGGCCAACAGGCUGAAAAUCUAGACGAUUUUUAUGAGUUUUGCAAGGGUUUGGACAUUGCUAGGAAUUUUCAAUUUCCAAUAUUGAGACAGCAGCCACCUCCCACAUUUCUUGCAACCAUGGAAGAAUAUAUUAAAGAAGGAUCUCAGAGAAGUUCUGUUUCAAAUAGGAGCCCGGAGUAUCAGGAGACGGGCCAAGAACCUCAGAAACCGGAAGAACAUAUGCUUGAAGAAAGUGAAAAACAAGUCGAAGAAGUUGAUGAUAAUGAAACAAUAGUAGAUGCACAAGAAGAAUCUCAGGACAAGAAUGAGGAUGAAGUUUCCCCACUGAUGUCAACUGACGAUGUUGGGGAUCUACUGGGUUUGAAUGAAAUAAAUCCAAAAGCUGUAGAAUUAGAAGAAAGGAAUGCAUUGGCUCUUGCAAUAGUUCCACCUGGCUGCGAUCCUCAAUCAACAAAUCGUGGGUUGAACGAUAUUGGAAAUACUUCAGGAUGGGAGCUAGCACUAGUUACCGCACCCAGCACCAUAAACAACAGCCAGUUGACCGAAAGCAAAAUGGCUGGUGGGUUUGACAAGCUAUUACUCGAUAGCUUGUAUGAAGAUGAUGCUUCUAGGAGACAAAUACAUUUACAGAAUGCAGGCUACGAUACUUCCUAUGGAUAUGGUAUGCCUGUGCAAGAUCCAUUAUUUCAACGAGAUCCAUUCGUACUGUCAAAUGGUGUAGCACCCCCGACCAAUGUGCAGAUGGCCAUGAUGGCGCAGCAUCAGCAGCAACAACAGCAAAUGAUGCUACAACAGCAGCAGCAACAGAAUAUGAUGAUGGUACCUCAUCAGUACCACCCAUCCCAAUAUUCUCAACAACAAAGUAUGAUGAUGGUACCUCAUCAAUACCCAUCCCAGUACCCUCAACAACAGAUGCUGUAUACGGGGCCUUCAAACCCAUUCGAAGAUCCUUUCAGCUAUCCUCAAAGUUCAAGGCCACCACAGGGCAACCAUAUGUUACUUUAGUUCCAACUUCCUUUUCUUCUUUUUUGUUUUUGUUUUUUUACCUUCAAUUCUAGUGUAUUCAUUAAUUCUUUGGGUUGGGUAGGUGGAUCCUCUAAUUUGCUGUGAAGUUUAUUCAGUUCAUUCUUAGUUUGUAAAUUUUGAUUCUAUUCAAUUUUUCCCCUGUAUUGGAGAGAUAUUAGUCAUUGAUUAUAGAACAAACAAGGUACCAUUUAGAUUAUUUAUGUAAUUAUCUUUCUUAGAUGUACUAUCUUGAUUAUUUAACAUCAAUGUAACACAUUUUUCAGAUUUCGGCA